AGUUCGUUGCAGCCCUGUAAGUAAAAUACAACUCUGUGAUUUGGCCGGAAACCAAUUUUUGUGGUAUUGACGCACACUGCCGCAACAUGUUCUUUUUCAGGCGUACGCCUUUGCGCAUACAUCGUGUACCGAUUUCUUCCGUGAAAAAUCAUGGCCGAAGUAGCUGAAAACGUUGUCGAGAACUUCGAGGAGCCGGCGCCAGUGGAAACGGAGGUUGCCGAAGCUGUGCUCGACACAAAUGUGGUCGCCACCACCGAGCUGCCAGAGAUCAAACUGUUCGGUCGCUGGUCUUGCGAUGAUGUGACUGUCAACGAUAUCUCGCUGCAGGAUUACAUCUCCGUGAAAGAGAAGUUCGCACGCUACCUGCCCCAUUCGGCUGGUCGCUAUGCCGCCAAGCGUUUCCGCAAGGCCCAGUGCCCCAUCGUGGAGCGUCUGACCUGCUCCCUGAUGAUGAAGGGCCGCAACAACGGCAAGAAGCUGAUGGCCUGCCGCAUUGUCAAGCACUCUUUUGAGAUCAUCCACUUGCUAACUGGCGAAAACCCACUGCAGAUCUUGGUGAGCGCCAUCAUCAACUCGGGACCACGUGAGGACUCCACACGUAUUGGUCGUGCCGGUACCGUGCGUCGUCAGGCUGUGGAUGUGUCACCCUUGCGUCGUGUCAACCAGGCCAUCUGGCUGCUGUGCACCGGAGCCCGCGAGGCUGCCUUCAGGAACAUCAAGACCAUUGCCGAGUGUUUGGCCGAUGAGCUCAUCAAUGCCGCCAAGGGUUCAUCCAACUCGUACGCCAUCAAGAAGAAAGACGAAUUGGAGCGUGUUGCCAAGUCUAACCGUUAAGAAGCAACUCACACAUAUGCAAAUAACAAAUACCGUUUGUUUAAUGUUCGAUUUAAAUUUGAUACUUUACGUGUGGUGUAAAUUUGUAUGUAAACGGCAGCGUUUUGAUCAAUUUUAAGCGGGCAUUGAAUAAACAGGUGGGAAGUGGCCGGAGCUAAAGAUACACAUGAAUUGUUCAGCAAAUAAAUUGUGUAAAAAAUAA